UGCGGCGCCGCGCGCGCCCCGGGCCCAGGUGGCCUAGGGGGCGCCCAGCCCGUGGGGAGGGAGCCAGCCCCGCUCGGCGGCCAGACCUCCUGAGCUCCCCGGGCGAAUCCGCCUCUCGGCUUUCAAAGAUGGCAUUUCCUGGGCCUGGCAUGCACUCCGGCGCCGCCGCCGAUACACCCUCCCCGCUCCGCAGGCGGUACGGAAUGGUGGAUCCGGUUAUUCAGCGAUAGUUAUGACCUCCCGAUUACGUGCGUUUGGUGGAAGAAUUAAUAACAUUCGCACCUCAGAAUUGCCGAAAGAGAAAGCUCGAUCCGAAGUCGUGUGCAGCAUCCGCUUUCUAGAUGGCUCGGUACAGACCUUUAAAGUUAAUAAACAGGACACCGGUCAAGUUCUCCUGGACAUGGCAUACAACCACCUGUGCGUGACCGAAAAGGAAUAUUUUGGUUUGCAGCAUGGCGAGGAAUCAGCGGACUCUCCCCAGAGGUGGCUGGAAUCAAGCAAGCCCAUCAGGAAGCAGCUAAAAGGAGGUUUCCCCUGUACCCUGCAUUUUCGAGUAAGAUUUUUUAUACCUGAUCCCAACACACUGCAGCAAGAACAAACCAGGCAUUUGUAUUUCCUACAACUGAAGAUGGAUAUCUGUGAAGGAAGGUUGACCUGCCCUCUUAACUCAGCGGUGGUUCUGGCAUCCUAUGCAGUACAAUCUCAUUUUGGAGACUAUAAUCCUUCCAUCCACCACCCGGGCUAUCUUUCUGAGAGCCAGUUUAUACCAGAUCAGAACGAUGACUUUGUCACGAAGGUGGAAUCGCUCCACGAGCAGCACAGUGGGCUGAAGCAGUCAGAAGCGGAAUCUUGCUUCAUCAACAUCGCACGAACCCUCGACUUCUAUGGCGUGGAGCUGCACGGUGGCCGGGAUCUGCACAAUUUAGAUCUAAUGAUCGGGAUUGCCUCCGCGGGCAUUGCUGUGUACCGGAAACAUAUUUGCACAAGUUUCUAUCCUUGGGUGAACAUCCUAAAAAUCUCUUUCAAAAGGAAAAAGUUCUUUAUACAUCAGCGGCAAAAGCAGCCUGAAUCCAGGGAUCACAUUGUGGCCUUCAACAUGCUAAAUUACCGGUCUUGCAAAACCCUGUGGAAAUCCUGUGUCGAGCACCAUACGUUCUUUCAGGCAAAGAAGCUGCUGCCUCAGGAAAAGAAUGUUCUGUCUCAGUACUGGACGCUGGGCUCCAGGAACCCCAACAAGUCUGUAAAUAACCAGUAUUGCAAAAAGGUGAUUGGAGGGAUGGUCUGGAACCCAGCCAUGCGGAGAUCCUUAUCCGUGGAGCAUUUAGAAACCAAGAGUCUGCCUUCUCGGUCCCCUCCUAUUACUCCCAACUGGCGGAGUCCUCGGCUCCGGCAUGAAAUCCGAAAGCCAAGGCACUCUUCCGCGGACAACCUCGCCAACGAGAUGACGUACAUCACCGAAACCGAGGAUGUGUUUUACACCUACAAGGGCUCCCUCUCCCCGAAAGAUAGCGAUUCGGAGGCUUCUCAGAACCAGAGCCCACACCAAGAGAGCGUAUCCGAGAGCAACCCAGCACAAAGUUGCCCGACCCGGAAGUCAUCCAGCUCUGUGUCUCCGUCUUCAAACGCUCCGGGCUCCUGCUCCCCAGAUGGCGUGGACCAGCAGUUCUUAGAGGACUUCCACAGGGUGACCAAAGGGGGCUCCACCGAGGACUCCAGCCAGUACUACUGCGACAAGAAUGACAACGGGGACGGCUACUUAAUCUUGAUCCGCAUCACGCCAGAUGAGGAUGGAAAAUUUGGAUUCAAUCUGAAGGGAGGAGUGGAUCAAAAGAUGCCUCUUGUGGUGUCGAGGAUAAACCCAGAGUCGCCUGCGGACACCUGCAUUCCGAAGCUGAACGAAGGGGAUCAAAUCGUGUUAAUCAACGGCCGGGACAUCUCAGAGCACACCCACGACCAGGUGGUGAUGUUCAUCAAAGCCAGCCGGGAGUCCCACACGCGGGAGCUGGCCCUGGUCAUCCGGAGGAAAGCUGUCCACUCCUUGGUGGAUAUCAAAUCUGAAGAUGAACUGAACCAGCUCUUCCCGGAGGCCAUUUUCCCUGAGUGUCCGGAGGGUGCCGACACCUUGGAGGGCUCCAUGGAACAGCUGAAGAAGGGCCUUGAAAGUGGGACGGUGCUGAUCCAGUUCGAGCAACUCUACAGAAAGAAACCUGGGCUGGCCAUCACCUUUGCAAAGCUGCCUCAAAAUUUGGACAAAAACCGAUACAAAGACGUGUUGCCUUAUGACACCACCCGAGUGUUACUGCAGGGAAACGAAGAUUACAUUAACGCGAGCCACGUGAACAUGGAAAUUCCCGCUGCUAACCUUGUGAACAAGUACAUUGCCGCUCAGGGACCCCUGCCACAUACCUGCGCACAGUUCUGGCAAGUCGUCUGGGAUCAGAAGUUAUCACUCAUCGUCAUGUUGACGACUCUCACAGAGCGAGGGCGGACCAAGUGUCACCAGUACUGGCCCGAUCCUCCCGAUGUCGCCGAGCAUGGCAGCUUCCACAUCCGCUGUCAAUCAGAGGACUGCACUAUCGCCUAUGUGUUCCGGGAAAUGCUGGUCACCAACACCGAGACCGGAGAAGAGCACACUGUGACACACCUCCAGUACGUCGCAUGGCCGGACCACGGCGUGCCCGACGACUCCUCGGACUUCCUGGAAUUUGUGAGCUACGUGAGGUCCCUGAGAGUGGACGCCGAGCCCGUCCUAGUGCACUGCAGCGCUGGAAUAGGUCGGACCGGUGUCUUGGUCACCAUGGAAACAGCCAUGUGUCUCAUCGAGAGGAACCUGCCCGUUUACCCUCUGGAUAUUGUCCGGAAGAUGCGAGACCAGCGCGCCAUGAUGGUGCAGACAUCAAGCCAGUACAAGUUUGUUUGCGAAGCCAUUCUUCGUGUUCAUGAAGAAGGCUUGGUCCCCAUGCUGGAUCCCAGCUAAGGCAACUGUGAAACGCUCAUUCCUCUUUCCAAGGGCAUCCUCCACAAGGACCGGCCUUCUCUCUGGAAGCAGCAAGGGGAACCUGUAGGCUGUGGUGCGGGAGAGGAGAGGGCGCGUUGAACCCCAAGCACUUUAAAUUUCUAUGACAAAGGAACCGUGUACAUAGGAACUGUGUAGAUACACGCAGGCGGCGGUAGCAUCGUUUAGGCCCGGGAUUCCUCCGGAGAGAAAUGCGCAGAAGGGGGUCUCCGUUUGGGGCCUGUCCCGAUGCCUUCCUCCCCAGACGUCACCACGAUCCCCUCAGCCAUCCUUGGGCAUUCGAGAGGGGACGCCAGCAGCGCUGUGACCUCCCAGAAACAAGACGCUGUGGCGAUUCGGAGUCACGCGGAUGCUCUGCGUGUAUAUGUGUGCGGGACUCUACGAACCGAGCUUUCUGUGCUUCCGGGCCGAGCUGCAUAUGGAAUGGCCCCCCUUUUGCAGGUAGCAGUCACGCCCGAUGCUAAGGAAACCAAGAUGGCUCUACCCCAAGGCAGGGGGCGGGCUCUCCGGCUGAAGGACGAGCAGUCCCUUUCCUGCCUCCCUUUCCUUCGUCCCAUCGCCCUGCGCCUCUGACUCUCUUGGCCCCGAGGAGCGUGCCCAGAGCGCCCCGCUUUCCGCCAGCCUUCGUGGGCCUUCUGCCGGUCCACACAUGGUGCCCGAACCAGUUAGUCGUUUAGGUUCGGGUGAGUUUUCAGCUGGGACUGGGAGAGUGAGGAUGCGGGGUGUUGCCUUGGUGUCUGGGUGCUGGUGGUCGGAGCAGGUGCCGCUCGCCUCUGUCCGCCUCUCGCUGAGCUGACGGCGCCCAAGACUGGAGCCGUCAACUACUGAAUCUACUACAUGGAUUGCUGCUACUUCGAGCUAUGACACUUGAAGCAUUAUCGUUUUCCUGAGGGGAGAUGGGAUAUCACCUAAUUAUUCGGAAUCUUUGGCCCUUCGGAGGGAAGAUCUCCCAGCCAUCGCAUACGGGAAUAGCCAGCUCUAGAGGGCUGUCUGUGGGUGUGAGUCAAUGCCUGCGCACCCGUGGCUGAGUGUUUCUCAGGAUUCCUCACUUCAUUCAAACGACGGUGGAGUUGAUGUAAAGAAUGAGUCUCUGUAAGGAACAAACGUGUGCAUUCACCCUCGGUUACAAUGGUCUCCAUUUCAUUUCAAAGGAGAGGAUCAGACUAUCUGAAUAUAAACACGAGCUGAUGUUAAUUUAUUCUAAGUGCGCCAUGAUCCUGAUUGUCCUGAAGAAUCCUGCCUUUGUUAAUACUGUGUUCCAUUUAAAAAAAAAAAAAAAAAUCUCUGACAGGAUUGUAGCAAAUUAUUAUUUAAGAGAAAUAAACCACAAAAGAAAUCUAAUGUGUUAUGUUUAAGAGGCGGUUUUUAUGUAUUCAGAAGAGGAAGCUAAGGCAGUUUCUUAAUGGGAUUUAUAGAAAAAGGAUGCUUUUCUAUUAUAGUGCACAGAAGUGAAGCCAUUUUGAUGCCUAAGCAAACUCUAGACCGAUUGAAUAGUUUCCUGGUUGCAAGAGGAAUAAAGACCUUUAUCUCUAGAUCCAGUGUAUUUACUUGCAUACUUCCCAUCUUUCCCCUACCUUCAUUCUACUGCUAACCGGCAGAGGUGGGAGGGAGGUGUUAUUCCGUGCUGUAGCCCUGUUUGUGGGACAGGUGACCACCUGAGCCCCAUCCUUGUCAGCAUGGUGCCGGGCUAGCAGGAGAAAGCAGGAGAGUAGAGUGAAGCAGUAGGAAAUUAGGUUUCUGGUUCCACUCAUCCAUAACUAGCUUUAGGCCUGGUCACUAUCUUUACUUCCUCAUCUGUAAAUAGGACAAAUAAUACUGAGGACUUGUAAGUUGACGUUGAAUUUUCAUCCGCUGGAAUCUGACACUGCUGUGGACAAAUUACAUGGCAAAGUUAACUUAUCAGUGAUUUUCCCCAAAUCCCCUGGAAAAGAAGAAGGGUCGUAUGGGUUUGCAUAAGAUAAAGUUGCUUUUCUUCUGGAAAGAACAGAAGUACAAAGGAAUAUCAGACCUUCAUUCAGUCCAGACUCAGAGAAAUUCUGUGUGCAAAGCAUAAAAAAAAAGAGGGGAAGACAGAAAAGCAGAUGUAAAUGUAAAUGCCAUCAGGAUAUUUAGCAAAUCAUUAUCAUCUGGUAAAAAAAAAAAAAAAAAUCGUGUCUGCAAAAAGCUUGAGAAGUCUAAAUGUAUUUACAGAUUUGUAUUUUAUGUUUUUUAAUUGUUUAAUAUGGUUGCAGAAAUGUUGUUAUUAUCACAUAAAUUCCUAAGAAGCUUACCAAAGGUUGCAGCUAGCUUUUUUCUGCCCCUGUGCUGGCCAUUAAUUCAGACCCAGCAGAUGUUAUCAGGAACAAAACCCACAAAAUACUGGGGAUGCACAAGAUAAGGGGAUUACCAACAGGGGCAAAAUAUUGCUAGUAAAUACCGUAGAUACUACUGAUGAAAUUCUGUCACUCAAGAUUUCUGCUCUACCAUCUUACACACUUAAGCAAUUAUACUUUAAAAGCCUUUUUUUAAGUCCUAAGUGAAGAACAUCAAAAUCAGGCUCAGUAUUUUGACUGGGAACAUGGCUGGUGUGAACGAAGAAGACAUUUGCAUUCUGCCUUCUGACGCCCUCCAGAAGGUCUAAUUUUAAGUGCAUCUCUGUGCUGACUUCAUCGAGACGGGAGAUUCCUUCUGGUGUGGCCCAUUAGAGCCAUCACUUAGUGUUUCGACUUUCCAGAA